CGUGGUCUCACUGGGCCUUCACUUCAGCUUUUUGGAACCUACUAGGUCUCUGCUUAUUCCUACUUGCCCCUUCAGUACAAAAAGCUAUUCAGGGAGAGAGAGAGAGAGAGAGGGGGGGUGUGCUUAGGGUUUUCUGCUGCAUGUGCUACUGUCCAAGCACUCACAGAUUCAAAUGUAUGAGAAUUUUGGUUCCAUUUGGAAGCAGGUUUUCAAUAAUUUGAGGUAGGUAAGCUGCAAGAAAUCUCCGCAUGUGAAAGCAAGAAAAAAGAAGAUGGUAUUUUCUGGGAUUAAGUUUCCCCUUUAAGCAACAGGGUAAUCUCAAAUCUGUGUUGCUGUUUGAUUUUUCAUUAUUUUAGUUGGUUAAACUAAAUUAGUUUCCUUCUGAAUUGACUUGGGUUUGAUCUCAAAUCAAGGAAGAGCAUGGCUUGGAAACUUCAUAUACCUGAAAGAACUAGUCUGUUUGAUCCCUGAAUGUUGAGCAAAUAGUUGGUUUUUCAUCGUGCUUCUUGGCUAAAAAUGCCUUGGAUUCAAUCUCAGACAAAGCAAAGAGGCGGUCGUUUGACCCGCUCUCUGUACUCUACUGUGCUUUCUUCUUCCUCUUCUCCUCCCCCAUUGCCACCAAGUUACCUGAAACAACCAGCUCCAUCACCAUCGUCUGGGAGCAAAUUAAGCCCAGCUGUUCUUUUCAUCGUUGUUAUACUUGCUGUCAUAUUUUUCAUCUCUGGUCUCCUCCACUUGCUUAUUAGAUUCUUAUUCAAGCAAAGAUCUUCCUCGUCAGUUUCUCAAUCCAAUAGGUACCUAGAGGGCUCUGGAGCUGUCCAGAGACAGUUACAGCAGCUCUUCCACCUCCAUGACUCUGGCCUAGAUCAGGCUUUCAUUGAUGCCCUCCCUGUGUUCCUCUACGAAGAAAUUAGGGGACCCAAAGAGCCAUUUGAUUGUGCUGUUUGUCUCUGUGAAUUCUCAGAGCAUGACAAGCUAAGAUUGCUUCCCUUGUGUAGCCAUGCCUUCCACAUAGAUUGCAUAGACACCUGGCUGCUGUCCAAUUCGACAUGCCCACUUUGCAGAGGGACCCUUUUCACUCCAGGGUUUUCCAUUGAAAACCCUUUUGAUUUUGACGAUUCUAGGGAAGAAGAUGGGUUUUCAGGCCAUGGAUUUGGUGGACUCCCUUCUGCUCCGAAGCCUUCAGAGAAUGAGAUCGUUGGUGAAAAGAGAGUGUUCACCGUGAGGCUUGGGAAAUUUAGAAGCACAAAUGAUGAGGCAAAGGAGGGAGAGACCAGUAGCAGUAAUUUGGAUGCAAGGAGAUGUUACUCAAUGGGUUCAUGUCAGUAUGUGGUUCCUAAUUCAAGCCUGCAAGUGACCUUGUGCCCCAAUAGAGCUAAUGGCAAUGGUGGGGUUGUGAGAGGAAGAGGGCAGAACGGGAAUUCUGCAGUUGAUGGGGACACUGAGGGGAAGAAGAUCAACAUUGGCAACAAACGUGAGAGCUUUUCUGUCUCCAAGAUCUGGCUUUGGUCUAGGAAGGGCAAAUUCCCGAGUUCUUCAGAUUCGCAUAUCUUUAAUUCUUCUUUAAACGUUGGUUUACCAUGGACUGAGAAAGUUCCAGCUACAUGAUGAAGGGCAUCCCAAAAAUGAGCCUAAAACAAUCGAACGCCAUACAAAUGUGACCUUUCAGUUUGCGUUUCAAUCCAAUCCACCCGAAUCUGAUACAAACUUGAGACACAGAGAGAAAAGGGGAGAGAGAGCUCAACUCAGCUCAGCUCAAGCUCAGCUCAACUGGCCGCCAUCAUAUUGAGAGGCAAUUUGGAGGGGCACAAGUCAAACCAUAGGUGACAUGGGAUUGGUCUUUUCCAGAGGUCUUGGCUAUGGACCCCACCAACUCUUCUACAUGACUGGACGGCGGUUUGAUCGAUGGAAGAAUCCAAGAAACUGCCUGUUAUGUUUGUUUUUUAAUGUUUAUGUUUAUUUAUUUAUUUUAAUUCAUUUUUAAUUAAAUUACCGCACGUAUAUCUAUUUAGAAUAUAUAUAUGAGUGGCAUUUUUAA